AUGCCAUUAUCACCCUCCACACUAAACCAAAGAGCUAUCCGUGUUUAUUCUACUGCUCGUGUUUAUGCUGAUGCAUGUGAAAAAAGACCACAAGAAUAUUGGGAUUAUGAACAAGGUGUUACUAUUGAAUGGGGCAAAAUUUCUCAAUAUGAAAUAGUGAAUAAGAUUGGACGUGGAAAAUACAGUGAAGUAUUUAGUGGUCGGUGUGUUGGAAAUGAUAAACGUUGUGUGAUCAAGGUGUUAAAACCUGUUAAAAUGAAAAAAAUAUAUCGUGAGUUAAAAAUUUUAACCAAUUUGACUGGUGGACCAAACAUUGUUGCAUUAUAUGAUAUUGUUCAAGAUAAAGAUUCACGUAUACCUGCAUUAAUUUUUGAAGAAGUUAAAAACAUGGAUUUUAGAACUUUAUAUCCAAGGUUCACUUUAUCUGAUAUACAAUAUUAUUUCACACAGUUACUGGUAGCUUUAGAUUAUUGUCAUUCAAUGGGGAUUAUGCAUAGAGAUGUUAAACCACAAAAUGUUAUGAUUGAUCCAAGAGAGAAAAAACUAAGAUUAAUUGAUUGGGGACUUGCUGAAUUUUAUCAUCCUGGUGUCGACUAUAAUGUCCGUGUUGCUUCUCGUUAUCAUAAGGGACCAGAACUUUUAGUCAAUUUGAAUCAAUAUGAUUAUUCUUUAGAUUUAUGGUCUGUUGGAUGUAUGCUUGCUGCUAUAGUAUUCAAAAAGGAACCAUUCUUCAAAGGUGCUACUAAUCCAGACCAAUUGGUCAAAAUUGCUGCAGUACUUGGUACAAAUGAAUUGAGACAAUAUUUAAAUAAAUAUGGAUUGCAAUUGCCAAGUGAAUAUGACGGUAUUAUGAAGGAAUUCACUAGAAAGCCAUGGUCCCAUUUUAUCACCCCUGAAACUACAUUAGCUGUACCUGAAAUGGUUGAUUUGAUUGAUAAUUUAUUAAGAUACGAUCAUCAAGAAAGAUUGACUGCUAAAGAAACCAUGAACCAUGUCUUCUUCAAAACUCAUUAUGACUAA